AUGAAGUGGUGCUGGGCCAGAUUGCCCGGCGGAGUAGUUACUUGGGAGGCCUACGAGCUCUUCAAAGUCGGCGAGAAUGAUGCCCAAUUUGCCAGAGACGCUUUCUCGACCUUCAUCCCGCUCAGUGUUGACUCGGACGCCCGCACCAAGAUCAUCUUUGCCUUCUUCGAUCUCAUGGCCGCCAUUGCAGCCCACGGCAAAUCCAACGGCCUCGGAGGCAGAAAACUGUCUAGAUACGCUGGAUGGUGGGCCUUCGAACAUGCAGACACCGGCAAGGGCUUCGAGGCCAGCUACAAGACAUGGAAUAGUGCCGCCGAUGCUACGAGUCAUCUAUUCUUUGCAUACCUGAGAUCGCAGUCGCCGGAUUCCCUACGAGGUACCAACGGAAUUUCCACCUUACCCCUAUCGCUGCAGAACCUGGUCCGUGCCACAGAGUACCCCCCAGAGACGCCCUCUUUGCUCCAGACAUCCACUACAAAGGUCGUCAUGCUGGUCGAUGUUGUCUCUCCUACUCCAUUUGCCCUCCUGCGCCGCGCAAAGAACUUCGAGUACCGUGCUAGUGACCAUGCUCUACAGCAGUUUGCCAGCUACGAGGAUCCCCAGGACGCCCUGACAGAAGAGUGCAAGCGUGUCCUCUGCUGCAUAGCCACUACAAACCAGUCCGAAGUGUCUACUGUCAAGGCAUCGACCAGCCUACAGGACGCCUCUUGGUCUCGCUUUGAGGAUAUCGGUUUCGGCGGUGCCAUCGAAGACGAUCUCGAUGACAGCUCCAAGAAAGCUAGCAGUACGCCAAUGGGACUCAGAUCCGCCCCUGAGUCUCGAACCGCUGACUUUGGUCGACCUACCACCCCGUCUUGGGCAGACUUCCUCUCCUCGGGCUUCUCGGAGGAGAACGGAGUCAAGUCACCGACCACGCUCCUACUGCCCCCGGACAAGAUCCUCCCUCCACUUCAAGCUGUGCGUGGGCAAUCAUCCCAAUCACACAAACGUGGAUUUGAUGACGGCUCCAUGCUCGACCCCGGUGAGCUCGCCAGCAUCUCGACCCUCGAUCUUGACGACUCCUUCUGGUGGGUUUGGGUCAGCAGCUUGUCAGGCGAGGAAUCAGCCGUCCGAAAGGCUGUAUUCGGUCGAUGCGCCUUGCUUGAAACCGUCAUCCCAGGCGGGAAAUGGCUUAUUCUUGAAGAACAGAUCAAGGGAGCCGCCCCUGAACCAGAAGCCGGUGCCUACAUCGCCGAGAAGAAGACCUUCUUUGGCUUCAAGACUCGAAAGGGUCGACUCGGCAGAAGCAAGACUAGCAUAAAGAAGGGCAGCCUUAUCGGAGAACAGUACAACAGCAACAACAACGGCACCGCUCCAUCAAGCAAAGCCAGUAUAGGACCAGACCAGCAUGCGCGCAUUCAGGCUGCUGCCGCCGCUCUCCAGCGAAAGCGAAGAGAACAGGAGCUCGAAGAGGCAAACAAGGAGCGCGCAAAGAUGGAAAUGAACCAGACUUCCAAGACUAACUCGGUCCAUACACUGCAGCCAGCAAUGAUAUCAGAAAUGUCCCAGGCAAUGAGGUGGGCAAGAAACUAUGACAAGAACAACAUUCGCAACGCAUAUUUGGAAAAUUCUCUUGCCGGAACUGGAAAGCCUGCUUCAAGCCUUGAUAUGGGAUCCAGAUCGAGGUCGUCUACGGAUCAGAACAAGCCAGAGGUACCACCAAAGCAUGAAAGCACCACUUCCAGCCGUGAUAUACCCUCUAUCCGUGAACGUCUGCCUAGGUCUACCACUACUUCUCCUACCCCAGACACCCCGCCAAAGACCGAGUCUCCUAUCCCUGGCCCGGCAAGCAAUAUCAACUUUGACAAGCCUACACCUCCUACACCCCCUGCUGCUGCCGCCGCUGCUGCUGCUGCUACUGCUCCAGCAGCCUCUUCCACUCCAGCGACGGCCUCACCCGCCCCAACUCCAGCUCGCGUUGAAUCCCCGGCGCCAACGAAAGAGGAGCCUGCGGCAGACGACAAGAAAGUGAAGAAGAAAGCAGGCAAUACCGGCCUGAAGGGCAUGUUUGGCGGUUCCAAGGCUGACCACACCGAGAAGGAGUCCGCUGUAGCUGCUGCCCGUGCCGCUCUCGAGAGCCGAACCGCUCAGUCCCAAUCCCAACAGCGUUCAGCUAACUCCUCUCCCGCAUCUUCUUCAAGAAUCCCUCACACCCGCCGCCUAUCCGGCUUCGGCAUGAAGAAACACCAAGAAGAUGGUCAAAAGUCCAAACCAGUCGCUGUUGUAGAGCGUAAGCCAGUCAAGGCUACUCCUGCCCCGGCUCCUGCCACCCAAGCCCCCGUACCAGUCAAGGAACAUCGCGUCUCUCCUCCUCCGCCAGAGGCUGAGCGUCCAACUGCAGGCGAAGAGUCCGCUCCCGUCUCACCCAUUUCUCCCGAUGACAUGAAACCAGAUGCAGCAGCUUUCUCCUCGUUCUCCCACCAGAGCCCCAUAGUCGACCAGCCCGCUUGUGUCCCCGUCGAUACUCCUUCUCCAGUUGAAUCAGAGCAAAAGGUCGCUCCAGUUCCUGCUCCAGCCCCUGCCCAGACAGAGUCAAAGACAUUCAACGUCCAGCCCGAAAAGGAGGUCCCUGUGCCCGCUACCCCUGAGCCGCAGCCACAAAAGCAGCCACAAAAGCAGCCACACACCGAAACAGAGCCCGAGCCCGAAGUUCCUGCUCUAGACCGUUGGGCUCAGAUCCGCAAGAACGCCGCCCAGCGCGCCGCCGGCCCCGAUGCUACUGUAUCCGCUUCCCCGGCCGCUGCUCCUGCCCCUGCUGCCGCUCCCGCAUCUCCUGCCUCUGCGCCAAAGCAAGCCACCCAGCAAGAGACAAUCGAAAUGCGAGCUGCACGUAUCAAGGCCCGCGUCGCUGAGUUGACCAAGAACAUGGAAUCUUCCCGCGGCAACUAA